UUUUCUCUCGAUACAGUCGUCGAUGAGUCACCGUCAGCAUCUAGAAAGUCGCCCAGGGUGCGCCACUUGAUUAGAUAUAUACACACACACAAUACCGUCUGAAAGAGAGGCGGGGCCAGCAUACAACAAACUUGCUCGUUCCGUCCUCCCUCGACCAACAACAACAACAUCAAGAAGAAAUAUUAUUUAAAUCUAACCAUUUCUUUUCGAAUCUAUUUAAAUUGUCUCUCCUUCAAACGGAUAGGAGUUCAGCUCUUCGACAAUUUGAGUCCUUCUACAAGUAGGAAUAAAAAAUGGGGGGGGAAGAAUAUACUACUUUUGAAAAAGAAAAUGGUAUCAAAGAAAAGAGUCUGGAACUCAUUGGGAUGGUGGCACGUGUCACUAUCUGACCGUGUGUCGUUGGUCGUCGUCAAACCCCUAAAAAAAAAGAAGAGUGGGAGGGCUCAAAGAAUGACGAGAGAAAGAAUAAGAAGGACAACACUGCCGAUGAGAAGUAGAAAAAAAAGGUAUAAAGUCUCUCUCUAUGCGUUUAUACAAAAUGUAUACAGUCACAGGGAAGAUUUCGGGCUCCUGGGCUGGGCUGUUUGUAGGGUGGAAUAUAUAGAGGGAGAGAGAGGGCAUUGUGAGGGUGGUUGGACGUCGUUCUGGCACACGUCGCUCGACGUCGUUGCGAGAUGGAAAAUUCCCUGCCCUCACUCUUCGCAUGACAUUCAAAACCUCGUUCUCUUUUUUCUCCCCCCAAUCCAUCCAUCUAUCCAUCCAUCGCUAUAACCCCUCUCACUCUGUCUGUGUGUGUCCUCUUCGAUUCUCCUCUAGUCGCAACUCUAUUCAAUGCAACAUACUUUUUCAUUUCUUCUCUCCUUCUUCUUCUUCAUCUUCUUCUUCUUCUUUUUUUUUCUUCUUAUUUCCCCCCACUCAUUCGAGAUUCCCCCUCAUUCCACCGAUUCUUGUGAUUCUUCUCCUCUCUCUCUAUUUUUGGCGUGGUCGCAUGGGUUCCUCCCUUUUGUCCGACUGUCGAUUUAUGGAUCGGUCUAUUGGAAGGAGCUUAUAUCACCACUACUGGUAGUAGUUAUAUGGCCCGUGGCCCCCCACCCCGACAAAGACGGCGACGCGUGCCGGCGACUGUGUGCGCAUUGUUUUGGUCGCCAUCUGACUUCAUUAGUCAUUCAAUUUCCCAUCAGCAGAGCGCAAAAUGAACUGGGCACCGCGACUCCCGCCAGCCCGACCUGUACAGCACAGGCGAUGACACGAAAGGUAGACGACGGCAGUUACCCACUCAGCGCUGACCGGACCUUAAUCAAUGAUUUACUACGGCCAUGAUUAAUUUUUUUUUGUUCCGUUUCUCCGGAUUUUUUUUUUCUUCUUUCCCCCCAACUGAACCCUCCCUUAUCGCUUGGUUUUCUUCAGGUGCAAUUCCCCUGUCAAGACUCGUCGCGACGCAUUCGUUAAUGGAAAAUGAAGGAGCCGACGGACGGUCGCUUCAGUGAACUACUGGCCACAAAAAGACGAUGCGCCCUUUAAAAAAAAAAAGGCAGAGAGUUGCUGGAGCAGUCGUCUCUUUGAAUUGAUGAUGAAAAGUGGACGAGAUCUUGCGAACGGGAAAACAAGGGUCUCUUUAUUUCAUGGCAUCGCCGCUUCGGCUGCUGGAGUCGUUGUUGUUUUUAUUUUGUCUGUAGAGUUUCACGGAAUCCAAGAGAACGAGUCGACUCAAAGUCCUUUCGUUUCUGUCAGACGCCAAGGAAAGUUCAUUCAUUUUCGAUGAGCCGAACAACAACAAAGUAUAGACUAUCGGCAAUGCAAGAGCCGACAUUGAUGGCAUAGUAAGGUGGGUGGAGCUCUGCGGGAGCGGGGGGGAAAUGACAAUGUCAAACAAUGAAUGACCCGAAAUUGAAAUCGUGUAGACAAAGUCUUGACUUUAUCUUUUAUUCGACUCGGUCGAAGCCCAAAAACGUGCGGACGCGGCCACAUGUUGGAUGCAUGCGGGACUAGUGCUGAGUAAAUGCAGCCAAGUUCAACAACACUCCCGCCCUAUCGACUAUAGCAGAGCUGGCCGCAGCGGUCGGUGAGCAUCUGAGCGUGACUUUGCCCACCUCCUUGCGAGCUUUCGAGACCCAAUGGCAGGGCCGGUUCUAAUGUCUUGCGGCAUCCUGUCGCGGGCGGAGCCCGUCGAAAUUUUUUGGACAAUUUCAAAUGUUGUCCAUUUUUCUGUUUCUGUUUCUGUUUGUGUUGUUGCUGCUGUCUUUUCUCCCAACUUUAUUUCAUUAUGUUUUUGUGGUGGUAGGGUUGGGUGGUCUUGCGGGGAGAAGGUGGUGGCCGUUCGGUUCAAGUCGAAAGACAAACAUGGGAGCUUGCAUGUAAGAGGGUGGCGGUGGUAGGUGGUGGUGGAUAGGAGUAGGCUGGGCUUGGAGACGCUUGGCUUGGCAUCGUGCGCGACUCCCCCCUUAUAUAUCCUAUCCUCAAUAAGAUAAGCCACUCUCCUACAGACGCAGUUGAAACCUUCAGUCGGUUGCCGCCUUCCUUGCCAUCCCGUUGGCGCGCUCCUAUCCCUUCUCUCUCUCUCUCUCUCUCUCUCGAGCCUUUCUGCCUUCACCUGGCGACGCCAGCUGCCCGUUUCUCUCUCUCUCGCUCGCUCAUUGUAGAACCCCUCCUCCCCUCUUGGUCCGUCCCUCUCUUGAUUAUACUGGGGCCAUCUCAAUCCUCCCUUUCUUCCCUCUCCGCCUCACCCCACCAACCACCUCCUCCUCCUCCUCCUCCUGCUCCUGCUCCUAUAUCCUGGGCAGCCCUUUUUAGUAGAGCGACUCAAGGCAAACGACUUCAGUCACUGCCAAGGCUUCGUCUCGAGAGGUCUGUCGCCGAGACGAUCCGACUCCCAAACGCUCUCUGACUUUGUACUUUUUGAUUUUGGUCAUUUCCGUGCUCCAUACUGGACUCUGCCGAAAUUUCACAUCACACACACAACUCUAAGCAUUGACAGACUUUGAUUUAUCUCUUGAUCUUCCUUCAACAAGGAACGUUGACUAUUUCUCGUCAGUUGCCACCGUGCGUGAAAAUUGCGUGUUCAACAUUCGACAACUGAAUUCUUCGACGGGCAGCGCGGAACAAUAAGGAUCCGAAUUCUGAAGAAAAACAAACCAAACCCAAAACGUGAGUUGCAUUUCCACUCGACUAUUCCGGUAUUUUUGAUGGCGCUAUUGGAGCACCCCUCCUCGCAAGGAGGUUAUUCGCUGUCGUUCUUGGCCAAAGCUGCCAGUAAUCCAUCGUCGGCCAUGGUGGGCGACCUGUUAGAUCAGCAGCGCAGCAGCUCUGAGCUGUCGCACGUCGUCGGACACGAUAGCAUUCAAGUGACGGGUAAAGUGGCGCUCAGCCACUCCCCCUCAUCAUCGUCGUCGACGUCCGGUGGUGGUGGCAGUAGCGCACAGUCCGUGGCCGUUGCCACCUCUGUCAUCCGGCGCAGUCCGGACAGCCCAGACAGCGGCAACGAGGACUCUGCCUGGUUCCUCCGUCACGUUCUCCAGCAACAGCAGCAACAACAACAGCAACAACAAAGUGCCGACCACCACCAAGGCACGGCCACUCCGUUGACUCCCGCCACAUCGCCGGCUCGCGGCGUCCGCCGACCUCGACACGAUUCCAGCUCUUCCGACGUCGAAGCAGCCGCCGCCGCCGAAGUCGAUCUCGACGACAUCGACGACGAAAUUGAGGAAUUGAAAAAAGAAUCGGCCGGCCAUUCGGGUCCCGAGGAGGAAGAGGAAGACGACGACGAGGAAGAAGAAGUAAAAGAGAAGAACAAACGGGCCCGCGUCGAGUCGAUCGUGUCGACGAUGCGCACCUCGACCCCGGCUGCAAUCAACGGCUGCAAGAAGCGCAAACUCUACCAGCCCCAGCAGCACGGACACAAAUUCACCUCCGAGGGAGAGGAGGAGGACGACGAGACAACGGACGAUCGCAACGAUUCACUUUCAGAGGAGCAGCACGAACUCAGCAUGGCCCGCGCCCAAGCUUCCUCUCGCUCCAGCUCUGCCCAGCAGCAACAGCAGCGCGACAUGAUGCAGAUGCAGCAGCAACAGCAGCAGCACGAUCCCAUUCGAUCCCUUCAGGAGCGCAUCGCUUCGCUCCACCAGCAGCGCUUCGCCGCACUCCAGCAGCAGCACCAACGGGCCGAGAAAUCCAGCAGCGAGCCGGCCCAGCAGCAGCAGCAGCAGCAAAUCCGCCGGCCUGUCCGAGACGACGCCGGCCGCUCCCGCAACGCCCUCCAUCAGCCCAUCAAUUUCGGUAUGCGUUCCAAUAUGUCAAACAGCGAUCUGAGUCACGUCUCCCAGGCUCAUGCGGCCUACCUGGACGCCACCCGUCGCAUGCUCAUGGAGCAACAGCAGCAACGCCAGCAAGCGCCUAUCAAAUCCGCCGUCCAGCAGAUGCAGCAGCAGCAGCAACCAUUGCCGACGGCCCAGCAGCCCGUUCAACAAAUGACCAGCACCCCAAAGGAACCGGUCUCCUCGCCCAACAACACGGAACUGGAAGGUUUGGCUGAAAUGUUGAAAUCGGAAUUGGCCUCGUCUUUGGCCCAGUUGGUGGACAACACUCUGUCCCGCUUUGCAGCCGCCCAGCAGCAACAGCAGCGCUCCCGUCAUCACGUCAUCGCCAACAGCCAGAAAUCGUCGGCCAACUCUGUUGCCGGCGAAGAAUCUGAAUUGAGCAAAUUGCAACGAGGCCGCGUUAUCGACCGCGGACUGCGAAACGGCGAUUUGGCCGCCCUCGGUUUGACGUCGACUCCGUUCUUGCGGACGCCCUACGGCCCACUUCCGCAUCAUCUCUUCCCUCAACAGCAGUCUCCCAAUUCCGCUCUCAACCACAUCGUCAACUCCAUUGGAGCUGGAAUCCAUCCGGCUGCCGCAGCCGCCGCCGCAGCCGCCGCUGCCGCCGGUUUGGCCAACAUCGGCCAGCAGUUCACCCAGCAGCAGCAGCAGCAACAGCAACAGGAAGAACAAGACGCCAUCGACGCCGAUGCCGCUGAACAGAACGAGGCCCUUAGCUUGGUCGUCUCGCCCAAGAAGCGUCGCUUUACCCCCGCCGCCAGCAACAACAACAACAAAACGACGUCGUCCGAGAGGAAUUCGAGUCCGGCGCCUGGACAUCGCGACAACGCCGAAACGCGUCUCUCGCCGCUAGAAAUUUCAUUGAUCAAUCACAGUUCUAGCGCUCACUCGCCUCCACCGUCGCGCAGCCCGACGCCUCCCAGCCAACAACAGCAACAACAACAACAACAGCAGCAGCAGCGCUACGCUGUGCAAUCAUCUCAGCCCGCAUCACAGGCUGGCGCUGGUGGCCCGCCACCUCUGCUCCACCAUCCAAGUCUUUUCUCCAACUACUCGGCAUAUUUCGCUGCCGCCGCCGCAGCCGCCGCCGCCGGAGCCCAACAGGCCCAAGCCGCUGCCGCCGCCGCCGGAUCGUCCUCUCAGCGGAGCUGCAAGAGCCCCGGUUUGGCCGAACUGGACCUGACCUCUCCGUCGACCUCGGCCUCGCUUCUUCAUCCGGCUCUGUUGGCCAGCCACCACAGCCACCACCACCAUCGCAGUCAUCACCACAGCGGAGGACACCACCACCACAACCACGACAACACGGACCGUCACUCUGAGUCGUCGGAUGGAGCCAGCCCUUACGGCAGCGUCCACCAAUCGUCGACGCUGACGCCCAUGCAUCUGCGCAAGGCCAAAUUGAUGUUCUUUUGGUGCCGCUAUCCCAGCUCGUCCGUCCUCAAGACGUUCUUCCCCGAUGUCAACUUCAACAAGAACAAUACCGCACAGCUCGUCAAGUGGUUCUCCAACUUCCGGGAAUUCUAUUACAUCCAAAUGGAGAAGUACAGCCGCCAAUUAUUAAGCGAGGGAGUAGUCAACGCCGAUGACAUCCAUGUGUCGCCCGACUCGGAACUCUUCCGCGCCCUCAAUCUCCAUUACAAUCGCAACAACCACAUUGAGGUUCCGGCGCCUUUUGUUUUCGUUGUUUCGGAGACAUUGCGUGAAUUCUUCAAGGCUAUCCAAGCAGGAAAAGACUCUGAGCCUAGCUGGAAAAAAGCCAUUUACAAGAUCAUCGCCCGUCUCGACGAACAAGUUCCAGAAUACUUCCGGACGCCAAACUUCCUCGAGCACUUGGAGUAAACUUGAUAAAGGCUCGUCUCUUGACUGUCUUUGUGUGAAUAAAAUAUCACACCUAGUCAUGCAACUACUCUGCUUGACUACGUAUACUACUACUACUAGCUUACAACUACUACAUAUAUUAUACUAGCUGGCAUCUGUACAAAGUAAAAUAGCAAAACAACAAAAAAAAAGACCGCCCUUUUCAUCAACUUUUUUCUCGCUUUCAUUGUCAUAACAACCCAAAAAGCCUUAUCCACAUUUAAAACGUGUUCCAAGGCUCUAUCCCCAUAACCAAAACUUUGGCUAAUCUCCUCUUUUCCCCUUAACCCAAAUCUUUCGUUAAUUAAUGAACGAUCGAUGGAUAGAUUUGACUUUAAAACAACAAAAACAAACAAGAACCCUAAUCCUGUGCCUUGGCCGGCUGCCUUUUGCAAGCCACAUAUAUUAUCCUUCUUGCUUUUUCUUUUCUUAUCAUAUAACGGAGUCAUAUCAACGUCAUUUCCUUAUUGAGCUUUCUUAAGAGAAGGAGACGAACAAACAAAAACAAAACAAACACAGAGAAUCACUUUAGCCAGUUCUCCCGCGAGUUCUUCUCUGCAAUAUUCAGAAAGAAUAGGAGAAAAGAGAGAGAGAGAGAGAGAGACUUGGAUGUAGGAAGAAAGAGGCGGAAAAAUGUGACACUUUCCAGUGUCUGUUACUGCGAUGCUUUCGCGUUCGUUUGUUUGCAGGUGCCAGACGCCUCUUAAAAAAGAAACUUUUACUGUAGCACUAGAGACAAGUUGAUAAAAGAAAGGAAACAAAAAAAAAACAUUCCAUUAUUUAUGCAAUGAUUUAUAGAAUUCUUUUGGCGCAUAUGGUAGACAGAUGUUCUUUGAAAAUUCUUAAAAUCUUGAUCGACUCUAAGAAAAUUGCGUGAAUUCAUAUAAUAUCCCACGAACGUACUCGAAUUCUAUAUCACCCCCACCCAAUCUGAUGAUGAUGUUGCCUUUUUCGCCGAUAUAUCGUAUGUCUGUUUCGUACUUUGUUUAAGUUUCCAAUCCAUCAAAUUAGUAGUUACCAUCGUGUACUUGUGUAUGUAUGUGCGUGUGUGUUUUUCCUUUUCUUCAAUACUUUUUAAUGACAAUAUUCCAUCAUAACCACCUCACACUUCUGUCUCUGAGUCAUCCCUAGUCACACUCCUCAAAUAUCUCACCAACACUUUUAUAGUUGCUAGCUCCUCCCUAGCCCCAUCUAACUGCUACUACCCCCAAUCGGAGCACUCGAGUGAGAAGCUAAGUUGAUAGAUCCCAAAUAGCCCACCUGGUCCUUUUUAAGUAGAAGAAAAUGGCAAAAAAAGUAACGGAAAGCUAUUUAAAUUCGAAAAUAUCAAUCGCACGUUAAAAAAAAUAUAAUUUUCAUUUAUGAAUGUCUAUAAGAGUUGCUGCACUUGGACAUUUUUUCUCUCUUAACAUUCUAGGAAUCUUCCUAUUCCAAGUAUGGCAUUUGAAAACACAUAUUUUUCAUUUUGUACCUCACCCUGUUUUUCUCUGAUUAAUUACAUGACUCUUACAGCACUGUGCACAACUUGUCGUCUCAUAUAACGAUGGUAAUCCUUUUCUCUCUUAUUUCUCCCAAAAUAUUUCUUGAAUAAAAAAAAUACACCUCUUAUUAU